UGCAGCAUGAGACAAACUUAUCGGUUAACCACCACAAACAGGAAAAUAAACAAUAGCUAAAAAUGGCAAGAAAUGCGGAGAAGGCAAUGACAACUUUGGCGCGUUGGCGAGCCGCCAAAGAAGUCGAAUCCGGAGAAAAGGAACGCCGGCCUUAUCUCGCCUCCGAGUGCCACGACCUGCCCAAAUGCGAGAAGUUUCGCCUGGAGAUAAUUCGUGAAAUAUCCAAGAAAGUAGCACAAAUUCAAAACGCCGGUUUGGGUGAAUUCCGCAUACGUGACCUGAACGAUGAGAUCAACAAAUUGCUCCGCGAGAAACGGCACUGGGAAAAUCAGAUAUCGUCGCUGGGCGGGCCACACUAUCGCCGCUAUGGCCCCAAAAUGUUCGAUGCCGAAGGACGCGAGGUGCCCGGCAAUCGUGGCUACAAAUACUUUGGGGCUGCCAAGGAUUUGCCAGGCGUGCGCGAACUUUUCGAACAGGAGCCACCACCGCCGCCGCGCAAAACACGCGCCGAACUAAUGAAAGAUGUAGACGCUGCCUACUAUGGCUAUCGCGAUGACGAGGACGGAGUCCUCAUACCUUUAGAGGAGAAGAUCGAGCGCGUCGCACUGCAAAAGGCGGUGCAAGAAUGGCGCGAGAAAAUGGCUCGCGAUGGCCGCAUCAUUGACGACGAGGAGGACGACGACGAAAUCUAUCCGCUCUCGGGGCCAGCAAGGGAGGCUGCAGAGGAUGCCAAGAUGCGUGCCGCCGAAAACGAUCCACUGGGACUGCUGGCGCCACGUUUCACUGCCCAUGUGCCGGUGCCCACGCAACAGGAUGUGCAGGAGGCGCUGCUGCGAAAGCGCAAACAGGAGUUAUUACAAAAAUACGCAGGGCUUGCAAAUUAAUUAAGUUUUAAUUAAACGAUCAAAUUAA